AUGUCGGGCCUCCACUUCCUUCCAGACGGCACUCUCAACAGGACAGACCCCUUAGUCUUGGCAAACGAGAAACUUGCACAGUACUAUUCUCAAGGCCAUGGCAACCCCGUCCCAAUCGAUCCCAUCCCCGGUGUCAUUGUCGCCUCCAUCCUUGUCUCCAUCCUCGGCUCCUAUGCCACUCUCCUUGUCCUCGGCCGACGCACCUCACCCCGAGGAGCGCGCAACCUCGCUCUCCUUCUACUCGCCGCUGUGUGCUUUGCCGCCGUCGCUGUUUGGGGCAUGCACUUUGUCUCCAUGAUUUCCAUCCGUCUCAACGCAACCCGAGGUCUCAGUCACAUCGGUCUGAAGGAAAGCGACAUCGGACAGGUCGUGUGGUACAUCACUUUCUCUCCAGGUAUGACGGUUCUUUCACUCUUCGUACCUCUUGUCGCCACCGCGUUCGCGUUCUGGUUCCUCGCGUCUGAGGUUGAGUUCAACUACUGGCGCGGCUUGAUCUCUGGUAUCAUUGUCGGCCUCACCAUCGGCCUCAUGCACUAUUCGGCUGCGUUCAAGCUUCCGUACCUCGCCCCAGAGUACACGACCGUCACAGUAGUGUUCUCGCUCAUCCUGGCGUGUAUUGCAGCAACUGUUGCUCUUGGCCUCUUCUUCCGACUGCGUGAGCAAUGGCAGGACUCGUUCUGGAAGCGCUGCGUCUGUGCGCUUGCCCUCGCGACCGCCGUUUGCGGCAUGCACUACCUCGGGUUGGGCGGCGCCCGCUACUUUGUCAAGCAGAACAUUGCUUUCCCCGAGAAGGGUGCCGUGCUGGAGUCUGCUACCAAGGGCCCGUGGGUUCUUCUCUCCGGCAAGUCGCAGGCCAACCGUCUCACCGUUGCCAUUGGCGUCAUGUGCGCGUGCAUCAUUGCCCUCUCCGCGGCCAUUGCCAUUCUCGACUACCUCAUUCGUCGCGACAUCCGUAACAAGGCCCGCCACAUUGUCGUCGCCAGCGCGGCUUUCGACCCGACUGGCAAGCUCCUCGUGCGUCACGACGGUACCAUUCCCAUGCAGAUCAUCCAAACGGACGCCGACCUCUCACGCGUCCUUAACGAGCUGGACCCCCGCCGCCCCACCUUCCAGUGGCUCUACCAACUCUCGUUCAACUGGCAGAUUGUCACGCCAUUCGUGCCGCGCAUCCUGCGCGAGAUUGCCAACCGUGGAAAGACGACCGAGACACCGCCUCCUCCGACCUCUGAUCGCAGCAUGAACCGCUCGGUCUGGGAGCAGCUCCUCUUCCGUUCCCGCUUCGUCGAGGCAUGUGUGCUGCUUGCUCACCAGCUCGACCUAUCGAUCGAGUCGCUCGGUGUCAUGUUUGACCGGGUCCUCACCACCGGUACCCGGCAGCAGAGUCCGGGUGACGCCCUCGGGGAUGAGAAAAACCUCAAGGCCGACGACGAGAGCUCGAUCCACGGCAUCACGGUCCAUCUCACGGCGUCUGAGGGUGUCAUGCUCUUCAUCGUCCGCACUAUCGGCCACGGCAACCCUGCGUCGCACGACGUGCCUUCUGCUGAGAAGCAGUUAGGCGUCUCGUCGGACAACGUCGACUCGUACCUCGUCCGUGGUUACCGACUAACCGAGACGCGCUUCUUCUCCAAGACGCUUGCCGACAACAUGGGUGUCUCGAAACAGGAGAUGGACGUAUUCCUCUCGGCCUGCAAGACGUACGCCAAGCGUGGUACUCGCGCAGUUGUCCAGUCUGGUGGCGCGUACCUCGGUCUCUUUGGUGUGCGCCCGACAUCUGACAACGGUCUCGACGUCCUUGUUUACAACUUUGCUCGUCACCAAAUCCCAGCCUACCGCCUGCCCGACGUCAGCUACCCGCUCACUCCCAGCAUGCGCGCGUUCAUCCGCGAUUGUGCCAAUCUAUCAAUGGGCGAGGUGCUACAGAGAUGCAACGACGCAGUGCAGGCUGCGGAGAACUCGGACAACGGCUCGAUUUUGUCGCUCGACGAGACGCUGUACGAGUUCCAGGCCGCCAUUGCGGUCGCUGUCGAGGCGCUCACUACUGCGCUACGUUGCUGGCCCGAUCUCCAAGUGACGGCCCGCCUGUCGCCUGAGAUCCUCGGUCUGCCGACAUCGGACAGUGAUGACAAGCUCCCUGCCCAGAUGAUCGUGUUCGAGGUCGUCCUUGGCGCCCCUGAAGCGCGUAUCACUCCAGUACAGUCGCGCGCCUCAGGUGUCCAGGCUCCAGGUGUCCGCUCGGGUCGUCACGACUCUGACAAGCCCCCGGCCCCCUUUGUCUACACGCCCUACAACCUCUUCACCAAGUCGCAGACUAUGCUCAUGCGUGCGCGUGGCCGCCAAGAUUUCAAUCGCGCCUCCCAAGCUGACCUGGGGCGUCUUUACCCCUUUAUUGCCAAUGACGUGGCCGCCGAGCUGCGCGAGGCCGAGGAAAAGAAGCGCCGCGCGAACGGCCGCUUCACCUCGAGAAUGUCCAAGAUUUCCAAGGGCCUUUCGGUCGACACAUCUGGCCGCGCUCCCUCGUUCCGCGAGGGCGCGCACGAAAUGGAGAUGCCUGUCUCUCCGGGCAGUGAACCCGAUGCCGUUCCACCCGCAGGUGUUCGAAAGGUCGGCGACGGGUUCGGCCGCAAGGCGGGUUCAGUCAAGACGGACCGCUUCGAGGAGGAGGAGGACUUGCGCUCGCAGACCACGACUGACGCGCCUGGUCCAGCUGUGUACGGCGACAUCCGCUUGAAGGCCGAGGGCUGGUACUCGCGCUCGAUGCGCACGAUGGAGCGCAACGACCGCGGCGGGUUGCUUAAUGGCGUCGACCUGAGCGAGUGA